CUCACAGAGAGAGAGAGAGAGAGAUUGGUACCAGACUUAAGUCUUAGCAGUCCCUGGCAUAACUGAAGGUGUAGAACGGAGGAUGCUAGCAUAGAUUCCAGCAAUAUAAUAUUUUGCUUUUAUAUCCUUGGCAUAGUACAUCCUCAAGAAAAUGAAUUUGGAGGAAAAUUGGUGAAGCUUUUACAGCAGAGCAACAGUUGCCAUUGCAGCCUGAGCAGAAUAAGGUCUGGACCAAAGAGCAAUUACACCCCCAAACGACUCCAGGGUCACGGGCAGCCGGAGUGUAUCCGGGCAGCAUCUGGUGCAGGCAGAAAUCAACCCUGGAUGUAAUCUGUAAUUGCCAGCAUCGAGAAGACACCCAGUGAGGGCGCCCAACCCCAACAGUGAUGCCCAGAGCAGGCCUUGCCCCUUUCCGAUGGAGGUGGAUGCAGACGAGAAACGCCAUCGCACACGCUCCAAAGGUAUCCGAGUGCCCGUGGAACCCGUAAUACAAGAGCUGUUCAGUUGUCCCACUCCAGGCUGUGAUGGCAGCGGGCAUGUCAGUGGCAAAUAUGCAAGGCACAGAAGCGUCUAUGGCUGUCCUCUGGCAAAAAAGAGAAAAACACAGGACAGGCAAUCACAGGAGCCUGCUGCCAAGAGGAAGAUGCCGUUGGCAAGAACAGACAACUCGUCAGUGGAUGGCUGCUAUGAAACUGAUGGAACAGAGGAUCUAGAUGAUAAAGAGGAGGAGGAUGAAGAUGAUGAUGAAGAUGAUGAAGAGGAGGAUGAAGAAUAUUCAGAAGACAAUGAGGAGCAGGUUGAGGAGGAAGAAGUAGACAGAGUUGAUGAAGAGGAUGAAGAAGAGGAUGAGGAAGUGGUAGAUGAAGAGGAAUAUGGUGAGGAAUGUGAGGAGGAGGAGGAGGAAGAAGAGGAUGAAGAUGAUGAGGAAGAGGAUGAGGAUGAGGAUGAAGAUCAGUGUCAUGGACAAGAUCGUCAGAUGGAUUGCAUCUAUUCCAAAUCGAACCAAUUAUCUGAAAAGGAUGACAACAACAAUGAUGAGUAUGAUAACUAUGAUGAACUGGUUGCUAAAUCUUUGCUUAACCUAGGUAAAAUUGCAGAGGAUGCUGCUUAUAGAGCAAUGACUGAAUCAGAGAUGAACAGCAACUCUUCCAAUAGCAUGGAGGAAGAAGAAGAUGAAAAUGAUAAAAAUUUGAGGAAAAAUGAACUUAGCUUAGACGUGGAUAGUGAUGUAGUGCGAGAAACAGUGGACUCAUUGAAGCUUCUGGCACAAGGACAUGGAGUAGUCUUAGCAGACAAUUUAAAUGGUAGAGGCUUUCUGGAUGGGACAAUGCCAGAGAGCAAUAACAAUAACAGCUGUGGCAGGAACGCAGACAUGGGCAUGCAGGGCAAGCCCACAAGUAAUGGACAGGUGGAAGAGAGUGAUGAGGAAGUAUGCCUUAGUAGCUUGGAAUGCUUGCGAAACCAAUGUUUUGACUUGGCAAGGAAGCUAAGUGAGACACAGAUACCUGACAGAAAUCAUCAAUUGCAACAUCAGCCUAUGUAUGCAGACUGUCAGCAGAUGAGCAUGGAGGAUGAGGGAAUGGGGAGGACGCUGGACCGAAACUACUCGGAUAUGGUAAACUUAAUGAAAUUGGAAGAACAAUUGAGCCCCAGAACCAAGACCUUUUCUAGUUGUGCACGGGAAGAGAUAUGCCAAGACAGAGAUGAAGAUACAACCUCUGUUACUUCUGACCGCUCUGAGGAGGUUUUUGAUAUGACCAAGGGCAAUCUGACUUUGCUGGAAAAGGCAAUUGCUCUUGAAUCAGAGAGGGCCAAAGCCAUGAGGGACAAAAUGGCUAUCGAGGAUUCAUUAAGAGACAAUAUUCAAACACAUGGCGAAAAUAUUCCAAGGCAGCACUAUGGGGAUGAGCGGAAACCUAGACUUCAUGACAGCCACAUGAAGAAGCCAUACAAUCCAAAAGAUUCAUCUCGAGCUGAAAAGAAAGAAAGCAAAUGUCCGACUCCUGGGUGUGAUGGAACAGGUCAUGUGACUGGACUAUAUCCUCACCAUCGAAGCUUAUCAGGAUGUCCGCAUAAAGACAGGGUACCUCCAGAAAUUCUUGCCAUGCAUGAAAAUGUUCUUAAGUGUCCUACACCAGGCUGCACAGGACGAGGCCAUGUAAAUAGCAACAGGAACUCCCACCGAAGCCUCUCUGGGUGUCCUAUUGCUGCGGCAGAGAAGCUGGCUAAGGCUCAAGAAAAGCAUCAGACCUGCGACGGAACAAAAACAAACCAAGCAUCUGACCGUGUUUUAAGGCCUAUGUGCUUUGUAAAGCAGUUGGAAAUUCCACAAUAUGGUUUUAAAAACAACGUCUCAACCACAACACCUCGUUCCAACCUGGCAAAGGAACUAGAGAAGUAUUCCAAGACAACAUUUGACUAUAACAAUUAUGACAACCACGUCUAUGGAAAACGAGCCAUUGCACCAAAGGUCCAAGGCAGGGAUUCAUCGCCCAAAGCUUAUGAUGCCAAGCGGUACUGUAAAAAUUCAAGUUCAGCAAGCAGCACAACGAGCAGUUAUGCUCCCAGCAGCAGCAGCAGUAGCAGCAGCAUGAGUUGUGGAGGAGGCAGUAGUGCCAGCAGCACCUGCAGCAAGAGCAGCUUUGACUACACCCACGAUAUGGAGGCAGCCCACAUGGCUGCCACUGCCAUCCUCAACCUGUCUACAAGAUGCCGUGAGAUGCCUCAGAACCUGUCCACCAAGCCCCAGGAUCUCUGCUCAAGGAAUCCAGACAUUGAAGUGGACGAAAAUGGAACCCUUGAUCUAAGUAUGAACAAGCAGAAAGGGCGAGAUGGCAGCUGUGCCAUACUGACUCCUCUGGAGCCAAUGUCUCCACAGAGACAAGCCAUGAUGAACAGUAGGUGCUACCAAAUGAACGAGACAGACUGCUGGGAUCUGCCUGUUGAUUACACCAAAUUAAAACCUACAAGGAUCGAUGAGGAUGAUUCCAAAGAGCCUGAAGAUUUAGAUCCUUUCCAAGACACUUUAGAAGAACGGAGAUACCCUGGAGAAGUUACAAUCCCCAGUCCCAAGCCAAAAUAUGCACAAUGCAAAGAAAGCAAAAAGGAUUUGAUAACAUGUCCAACACCAGGGUGUGAUGGGAGUGGUCAUGUGACUGGUAAUUACGCCUCACAUAGAAGUCUGUCUGGAUGUCCCUUAGCUGACAAAAGUAUACGAAGCAUGAUGGCAACCAACUCACAAGAGCUCAAGUGUCCAACACCAGGCUGUGACGGUUCAGGGCAUAUAACAGGAAACUAUGCCUCACACAGAAGCUUGUCCGGUUGCCCAAGAGCAAAGAAAAGUGGUAUCAAGAUUGCACAUAGUAAAGAGGAUAAAGAAGACCAGGAACCAAUAAGAUGUCCAGUUCCUGGUUGUGAUGGACAGGGUCACGUGACCGGCAAGUAUGCAUCUCAUCGUAGUGCAUCAGGUUGUCCUCUAGCUGCAAAACGGCAAAAGGAUGGCUAUUUGAAUGGCUCUCAGUUUUCUUGGAAAUCAGGGAAAACAGAUGGCAUGUCAUGUCCAACACCUGGUUGUGAUGGUUCAGGCCAUGUCAGUGGAAGCUUUUUAACACAUCGGAGUCUGUCAGGGUGUCCCAGAGCUACAUCAGCCAUGAAGAAAGCUAGAUUGUCUGGGGAGGAAAUGCUAACGAUUAAACAACGAGCCAGCAAUGGCAUUGAGAAUGAUGAAGAAAUUAAACAGCUGGAUGAAGAAAUCAAAGAACUAAAUGACUCCAAUUCUCAAGUGGAAGCAGACAUGAUUAGACUUAGAACUCAGAGGAAAACCAUUCACCUUCUCUUGGGAGCUCCUUCCUGCCCUACCAAUGAGGUUUAUCCACCCAGCUGCAGUCUUAAGAUUACCACAAUGGAGACUAAUCUGAAGUCUAUAGAGGAAGAAAACAAGGUGAUUGAACAGCAAAAUGAGUCUCUCCUGCAUGAGCUGGCCAACCUCAGCCAGUCACUGAUAAACAGUUUAGCUAAUAUCCAGCUCCCACAUAUGAAACCACCGCAACAAAAAGAGGCUCCCCUUAGAAAUUACAGCUGUUUACCGUUGCAUCAGAGAGAGCCGAUUAAUGAACAGAAUUUUGACGCGUACGUGACCACACUGACAGACAUGUACACAAACCAGGACCGGUACCAGAGUCCGGAGAACAAGGCCCUGCUGGAGAACAUUAAGCAAGCAGUCCAAGGGAUUCAAGUCUAGCAACAUGGCAAGUGGAAGACUUGCUUGACAAAAACAAAAAUAUAAAGGGAUGCCUCGUGUUUUGCUGCUGUAACUUAUCAAACAAUGUUAAAUAUUUAUUUCUGUUACAAAAGUGUUAUGCUUACAAGACUUCAUAAUGAUUUUUUUGUCUUGCUUUAUUAAUAGUUAACGGCAGAAUAGUUUUUGGAGACAUUCACAUUUUGUACGUUUUCAUAUGAGCUAACAUAGUGUGAUAUGCCAUGUAAUGUUUAUAGCUGCUAAUGUAUGCACAUUUUUGACUGUAUAUUUCUGAACAGUAAGCUGAACAAAAAUAGGACAUUAAGUUCUUUUUAAUGCUUUAGUGAAGAAACAUUUUAGUAUUAAGUACUAGACUGGACGAUAAAAAAAAGAAGAAGAGGAAGAAGAAGAAGAAGAAAAAAAAAUCAGAGGUUAGAGUAAAAAUUGCAUCAAGCAACCACUUUUUAAUUGUUCUCUUUUUUCCUCAUUGGAGGAUUUUAUGGAAUUUUAAAAAAAUGUUUUGUGCUCAGAUUGUUUAAUAGUAAGAAUUGGUUGUAAAAUGCUUUAUUUUUGAACAAUGCUUGAAAAUUUUUCACUUUUGUUUUCAAAUGGCUUUUGUUGGUUAGGUGGUGGGUGGGGGCAUUUAAAGAAGAAGAGGAUUGAACUGAGAGUGAAAAGGAAAAGACAAGAUGAGUGAGUGAAUGUUUCAGUUUAAUUGUAAACAUCAGGACACGGAAACUUGAUGGUGGAAGUCCCAACAUUUCGAAAGCACGACUCUGAAUUAAACAACUCUCCAUUCUCUGUGCUUAGACCAACCAGACACGCCGCGAUGUGCAAUGGCAAUAGAGUAAUUAGGCUACAUCUCUUUGCAUUCGUUUCCUUUCAGUGUCAAAACCUUCCUAGUUUGAGUCCGUUAAUGUUUUAGCAAUAUAUAAUAAAGGGUAAAUCACGUAUUUGAAUAGAAAUGGGAUGCAAUCUACAGUAACAGUUUGGGUAUAUGCAAUUUCUUAUUUAUAACAUAGUGGAAAAGAAAUCUUUUUACUAUAUGUAAAAUAUUAAUUUUUAUAUGAAUCUUUUAAUACAAAAGCAUUAAAAAAUGACAUCAACCUUCAGUUUAGAAGCUAAAGAUUCUUAUAUGAGUUUACUUUAUUUAUCUACAAGUUUGCACAGGAACACCUUCGUUUCCAUGUUUUGAUGUUUUUACAUAAACUAGAGCUGUACUUGAAAGCCUAAAUAUGAAGAGAUGGGUUUUGUAAAGAAAAAAAAAAAAAUUAUAUAUAUAUCAGAGCGGGACUUACAGGGUCACUGUCCCCACAAAUGUGCCAGUAGACUAUUUGCACUUAUCCUAUAUGUCGCGUAAUAUACGGAGGUGUGCAAUUUUUCCAGUGUCAUUAGUCACGUGACACAAAAUCAGAAGAAAUAAUAAUUGCUUGGAGCCACUAUGACGAGUUUAACAAUAUCACCGAUGGAAUCUACAGGGAUUAAAAAAAUUAAUAAAUGACAAUACAAUGAUCUCUUAUUUCAUUUUGGUAUAUUAUAUACGAAGACAAUAUCCCAGCAGCACUUUAUAUUUAAUCACUGUACAAAAAUUUGCCAGUUUUCCCAAUGGACUUAAUAACUAGCUGGGAAAAAUUCUGUAAUUAGUGUGGGUCUCUGCAGCGCCAUGUCUGUGUGGCCCCACUUUCUGUUGUGCUAUUAGUUGUAGCGAUCAUGUUCAGAAUUGCCUUUUCAAGAGCUAACGCGAGGUGCUUGUUGUUCAUCUUCUCUCAUAUAUUGUACUUUCUGUCCUGCUUCAGGGCUCCAUUCUACAUGACUGCAUCUGCCUUUCCCCACUGCAUCGUGUCUGCAGCUUUUUGCCAAUAUAGUAAUGCUUUCAGUAGAGUAAUAGCUAGUAUCGGUUUUUGAAUUUAUUAUUGUUAUCAGUACAAUGGAAAGGGAUUUUAAGCACAAAUCUGCUGCUCAUCUACUGUUGGUACAUAAUAUCAAAUCAAAAGUUAUCUGUGACUAUUUACAUAGGGAACACAAUGGUGUCACAUAUUAGAAUGCUGAAUUUUCAUAAGAAUUAUUGUGAAUUCAUCAAGAGUUUUAUUUAUUAUAACUUAUUCAUUUCUUAGUUAAUUUAAGUAAUCAUUUAUUAAUACAGGAUUUUGUAUAAACUAUUGUGCUCUCUGUGGAACUGAAGUUUAAUUUAUUUUUGUACUACACGGCAUGAAUUUGUUGACAUUUUAAUUUUGCUAUAAAUGUGUGAAAUCACAAGUUGCUGUGAUAAUUCAUUUUUAAAUUGUGAACUUUGUACAAUUUUGUCAUGCUGGAUGUUGACACAUCUUACUCUGAAUAAAGAAAAAAAAUUGUGUU